AUGCCGAACCCGGCGCCGCCCUUGCUCCUCACGAAGCGCCUCUCCGCCUUCCUCCACGCCAACCUCUCCCCGCCCACCGUCCACUCCGCCCUCCUCAUCACCCCUUCAGGCAAGCUCCUCUCCUACGCCUCUCAGCAGCCCGUCAGCACCCUGCGCACACAGUGCACCGUCGCCGCCUCAUUAUGGGCCAUCCACGCCGGUCCAAGCGCCGCAGACGCCGCCUCCUCCGCUCUCCCUGCCACGCAACGGCAGCAACAGCAGCAACAACAGCAACAACAACGGGCCGGCGACAGCCCCGAUGAGCAGCAACCGCACAAACACCCGGGCACCAUCACCCUCCAGUUCGGCGGCGCGGCCGGCUCCGUCGUCGUGAUCCGCCAUCUGCGGUGCGGCCUGCUCUUCGUCUGCAUAGGGGGCUCAGCGGCGGCGGCAGCGGCCCUAUCGCAUCAUCACCACAACACUACAAGUACGACAGGCGCGAGCGGCGCCACCGCGGCGGGGGCAGCAGACUCAGCGCAGCAGCCGGAGCCGAUUGAGACCGUCACGGUGGCCACGGUCGCCGGCGCGGCGGCGGGGGCACCGGCCGCCAUGUUACCGCACCACCACCACCACCACCAGCCGGGCAGCAGCGCGGUGGGCUCGCCGGCGGGCGACAGCGUCCUCAGCGCGGCGACGACGGCGGCCGGCAGCGGGAUCAGCGCCGGCGGCAGCAGCGCGGCGAUGGCGGCGUCGAGGAGGCAUGCCGAGGAGCUGGCGCGGUGGCUGGACGAUAAGCUCGGCGCGCUGAGUGUGCCCGAGGAAGGCAUUGGCAUUGCGCGAUAG